AUGCAUUUCUCCGCCACUCUCCUCGCUUUUGCUGCCACCGCCUCUGCUGCUGUAGUAUCUCGCGCCGACGACGGCCAAUGGUUUGUCCAGAUGAGCUUUGGACCUGGCCCAGCCCAAGUCAACUUAAACGCCUACUUCACAUCGCCUGACUACCCCGAAGAUAAGAAGUUGGGAAGCCAUUGUGGAGAGACUCCUUACGCCGAACUCCCUGUCAUUCACUCAUGCGACACCUGCUCAUUUGAGUGGACUUACGACAACCAAACCCUUCGCCUGAGCCAACACCUUCCAAAUGGAAAGAUUGUCUAUGGAACUGCAGAAUGG